GGUUUUAAAUAAAUAUAUAAACAACCAAAAUAUAUUGUAGAAAGCACUGUAUCUUGUCAUAUUGCUCUGGGAAGCGAAGAUGGGCUCUGGUUUUUUGUGCUGAGAAGUUUCAGCAGAUUAAGAAAGUGGGAAGACAAGAAUAGAGAAGAGAGAGAGAGAGAGAGAGAUAAGUAGAUGGAGAGGGAGAGAGAGAGAGAGAACUGUUUUUUCUUGGUUGACAUGGAGAUGGAGAUAGAGUUGUAGUAGUAGUAGUAGCAGUAGUACGAGUUGGAGGAGUAUUCCCUUUCUCUUUUCUUCAUCUUUGUCAAUUCAGAGGAAGCUGUUCAUGAAAGAAUGACGAGCUGUUGAUUUUUCCCCACAAGAUCUAUCCCUUCUCCUUUAGUUGAAAGACUAGAUGUGAAAUGGAUUCUUCUGAGGCUGCAAAGGUUGUUAUUGAGAGAAUUUCAAGAUUGGAGCCGGAACAUAUUGCGAAGAAGAUUAUUGGAUAUAUGUAUUUUCUAGGCCUUUCUGACCAGGAAAUGAUUAGGCUGGCUCUCGGGCCGGAUAGCUUAAUCCACAACUUGAUACAGAAAGCGAAAAUGGCACGCUUGUUAGCUUCAGCUCCACCGGUUAUUACACCACCAAUUUCGCCUACGAUGAAUCCUAACCCUUUAUCCGAUCCUUCCUUUCAGUUUGCUCCCUUUUCACCAGCUUCACCGAGACCGUUUUCGCCUUCAGCUGCAUUUCGAAGGGUAGAUCCUUACUGGGAUCCUCAACUAGCCGUGGAGCAUCCGCUGCCAAUGCAAAGUUCGAACUUUAAACUGAUUCCAUAUUCUGAUUAUACGGGUUUGGAGGAUCCACUAGAAGCUAUAAAAUCGGGACCCUCUAAUUUUCCAAACGAUUACUAUAGUCCUGAAGCUGCAUUCAACAAUCUGAGUAUUAGGGGUAGUAGAAAUUCUCCAAGCAUAAUAGAGUAUCCUGUUAAGACUUGUCAUUAUUUCAGCAAGGGUUUUUGCAAGCAUGGCAGUAAUUGUAGGUAUUUUCAUGGCGAAUCUUUUCCAGAGAGCUACCCUCAUAUGUUUGGUCCUAAUUCGUAUGAAGUUACUGGAGAAGAUCAAGUAUUCUCAUCAGGGUCCCUUGAGAAACUAGAAUUGGAAAUCACAGAGCUACUGAAGUCCCGAAGAGGCAACCCUGUGUCAAUUGCAUCUCUGCCGAUGAUGUACUAUGAGAGAUAUGGUAAAACCUUACAAGCUGAAGGGUAUUUGACUGAGAGCCAAAGGCAUGGUAAAGCUGGUUACAGCUUGACGAAACUUCUUGCUCGCCUUAAAAACAGUAUCCGACUCAUUGACAGGCCUCAUGGGCAGCAUGCUGUGAUACUGGCGGAAGAUGCUCCAAAAUUUAUGGACAUUCGGGGCGAAAGAAAUGACCCUGGUCCUAUUGUUAGUGGUUCACGUCAAAUUUAUUUGACUUUUCCAGCUGAGAGCACAUUUACGGAGGAAGAUGUUUCCAAUUACUUUAGUACCUUUGGUCCAGUGCAGGAUGUGAGGAUUCCUUGCCAGCAGAAACGGAUGUUUGGUUUUGUGACUUUUGCGAGUGCUGACACCGUGAAGCUAAUUUUGUCAAAGGGAAAUCCCCAUUACGUCUGUGGCGCCCGCGUCCUUGUGAAACCAUAUAGAGAAAAGUCAAAGCUUGUUGAAAGGAAAUACCUGGAAAAAUUUGAUCAUCCGGUGUAUUACAACUCGCACCCUAUUGAUUUUGACUCAGAGCUUCAAGCCAGUUGGGAAUCCUCAAGACUGUUCGGGAGGCAGCUAAUGGAAGAACAUGAACAGGUCCUUGAACUUGAGACAAUGCGUCUCUCACAGCUCCAGUUAGCUGGCAAACAGAUGGCCGGCCAGUCUUGUUUCAGUUAUUCCAUGGACAAGCUAAAAGGGCCUGAAGAUCCCCCCGAAUUCCCAUCCGCAGAACGCUUCAAUUAUCUGCUUGACGUUUUGAACUGUGGCUCUACUAGUGAUGACCACCCCAAGUUUCCAGUUAGCAAUUGCGGUGAUCAGGAGAGUGCUCAAGGACUUAAUCUUCCCGACAGCCCCUUCGCAUCUGCAGUGGCUAGCAGCAUUUCGGCUGUCAUAUAGUCUCAGGACAACACACAGGAUUAAUAGAGUUUAUAGAGGUGCUGGUUUUAGAAGGCAACAUCCUUAGUUGACAGAAAAUACAGUUCUUUUUUCUACUAUUACAUUCUACCCAGCUUGCUGCCUAGUCAAAGUCGUGCCGCAAGUACAUAUCAUUAGAAGAAACACCAGAUGCAUAUGAUACAGAGAAGUACAUGUAAGAUCCGAAUUUUUUGUUUUCUUUUUGGAAUCUCAUCUGUGUCGAGAGAAAGAAAAAUAGGGCUCUAGUCUUUUGAAGAAGAAUGUAAUAUAGGAGUUAGGACUUGGGUGAUGAAACAAACUAGAGUACCCCACCAGUACAUAUGAUGGUAGCAGAGACGUGCAAAUAUGUCUGAAAUCUCUGCGAAAAUUGGGUCAUAGACUAAAUAACUUAUUUACGGACAACUUGGAAGUAUUUACGGCUCGUUAUGAAAUAUUUCAUACUGCGGUUCUCAGCCAA